AUGUCUAUAACACCGAUCAUCACUUUCAAAGCGGGCAUCUGUGACCUUGAGACUCAGUCAUCAAGUACCCAGGCCAAACCUCAGCAGACACCCGGUUACCUCUACCUCUAUUCCGAAGAUGAACUGAUUCACUUCUGCUGGCGCCCCAGGAGCGCUCCUCACACAGAACCUGAGCUGGAUUUGGUGAUGGUCCCUUCCGAUGCGACAUUUACACCCUAUCGCCCAGAUGGAAAGCCUACAAACGGCCGAAUUUACGCUCUCAAAUUCUCCUCAAGCUCUCAGCGGUAUCUCUUCUGGCUUCAAUCCAAAUCCCAGCAUGAUGAAGCCGAUCCAACUUUCUGGAGCGCAAGGGACCUCAAGCUGGGUUCGAUUGUCAACAAGCUUCUUCAAGGCGAAGAGUUCGAUGUAGAGAGGGAGAUUGCAACUAUCCCGCGAGGUCCAUCCAACGGUGAUGACGAUGAAACAAUGGAGGAUGUUGAAGGUGUGGACCAUGACCCAAACCAUCCUCGCGGAGGUAGCGGUGGUGGUGCAGGACCGGAUGCCACCGGGGGAGAUGUGAGAGAGGAGGGACAGGAAUCGAGAGAGGGCGGGGCAGAUGGCGGAAGAGCGGCUGCCAUUGACUCCGAUGCUUCAGCUGUGGUGCAGAACUUCCUAAGAUCAUUUGGAGGAAACCAGUCCCAACAAGCCGAGCAACCAUUUACUACAUUGCAAGACCUCUUGCCUCCUUCGACCACGCUACCUUUUCUGGACACACUGGAUGCCGAAGGCGUUGACAACCUCCUGAAAUUCUUGCCCCAAGAGCUUCUCAUCCUCGCGCUGCAGAUGGAAGGCCAGUCGACUGCCCAAAGCCACCCCGAAACUGCACAAGACGUUCUAAGCGCCCUCAAUCUCUCGCAGAAGAAGAGUAUUCUCAGGAAAGUCCUACAUUCGCCUCAAUUUACCCAGAGUCUCGCAAGUUUGACCGUGGCCGUCAGGGAUGGAGGAUUACCAAGUAUCAGCGAAGCUUUGAACAUUCCCGUUGAGAAUGGUGGAUUUAUGCGUCGGGGAGGUGUUCCGCUUGGAGGCGCCGACGCCAUGAAGGCGUUUAUUGAAGGCGUUCGGAAUCACGUCAAGGACUCGACACAAGGGAGCCGGAUGGAGACCGACUAA